GCGGCGGCCAACGCCAGGGAGCGGGACCGCACGCACAGCGUCAACGCGGCCUUCGGCGCCCUCCGCCGGCUCAUCCCCACCCGCCCGGCCGACCGCCGCCUCUCCAAGGUGGAGACGCUGCGCCUGGCGUCCAGCUACAUCUCGCACCUGGCCAACGUGCUGCUGCUGCAGCAGCCCCGGCAGGACGAGGCGGCGGCCGCCGAGCAGCCUUGCCCGCAGCUCUGUCCGCAGCCCUGCUCACAGCCCUGUCCGCAGCCGCGCUCACAGCCCUGUCCGCAGCCCGCUCAGCCCCCGCAGCCCUGCUCUCCGCCGGGUGCCUCCGCGCCUCGGUCCAUCUGCACCUUCUGCCUCAGCGACCAGCGGCAGCGGCACCGAGAAAGAGAGAAACCAUCACCUGGUCCAGCCGUAACCGGACUCUGAACAGGCUGAGGGUCUCGCACCGCUCCUGCUCUGACUGUACCACUGCUCUGGGUAACAUCGCCUCACUCGUGCUGCAUGUUUACAUUUAGAUAGCACAGUCCUAAAAGAGUUACUUUUUAAGCCUAUGCACUUUGUCUCGUACUGUGAGGGGUAUUUCAGGGUGUUUUGCAAAUGAAAUUCACUGCCUCUGUUGAGACGGUUGCACCUGGUGCGGCAGCUAUUUUAGCGCGAGAAAUGUUAAACCUCAGCAGCCAAGCCCUGAUCCUGAUGCCUCCUAAACCUGUGUCGCAUGAUGAAACUUGAACUUCCAAACACACAGUGUCCCCUGUCAGGGGAAGCUGUCAUGAACACGCCGUGCCCUACGCCUCCAGCCCAGUCCGGGCUGCACGAAGCGCUGCCGCCCACCCCUCCAGCUGCACACCAGUCCUUGGGGACAGGGGCUGAUGCCGACAGCUGACAUGCUUGAGAGGUCUCAACGAUGCUGGAAGAUUAUUUUGAGGUGUUCACAGAAAGUCGGAAAACUUCCAGCGAAGGCAGCACCGUUGGCUGUGCACAGGUGCAGCAGCACAGCGGCACGGGACGCAGCCAGCACAGGAGAGGAAAGGGGAGAAGUGCAGUGUAAGCGAUGCUCUUUUCUUAUUAACAGUGCGAGUCGUGCCAGUCCUUUAAAUAGCACGGGAUAGUCCUAAAUCCGUCUGGCACCGAGGGUUUCCCAAGGGCUUUUACCCAUCGCCCAGGUCUUUCCAUAAUUGUGCGCUGUACAUCACUGAGGUUAUCUGCCCUCAGUUUACGAACUUGUAUUUAUUUUUUUUUCCCAGAAGUAACCCUAAAAGGCAAAUAAGCAUCUUCUACUUUCAGAUUUGGACAUUAGUGAAGCAGCAGACUAAAAUCUUAAACCCCAGUAAUGCUGGAUUCUAAGAAACACAGAGAUAGGUUAAGUUUGCAACAUUUUUUAUAGCUAUUUAUAAUACCAUUAACUAGGCUUUAAUUAAUCUUGUUACUUUGGGAGGCACUCUGUACUCUUUAAGAGCUUGGUAACUGUACCACUCCAAGAGGAGCUGCAAUGAAAACUUGUCUCCUUUUUCCUGCCCUGAUGCCAUCUAUGCAGUGCUUCUGGCCGAGCGUGAGGGCUGAAGAAGCAGCACUGUGUUGUUCACUUUUGUUUUCUGCACAGAGUUUUCUCUUCUUGUCCUACGUAACUGCAAAGCCAGUUCUGGCAGUCGUUAUGAAGGACUUGGCAAGAGCAAGGUCGUGGUGUGCUCCUAUACAACUUCACCUUUUUAGUUUCCCUUCUCCCCUGCCCAACACAUUCUGGGCCACUUUUUCUGUAGCACAAUGAGGAAAAAUGUGCUGUACCUACGGAAAUGCAAUGAGCUCUUCCUUCGAAUUCGAACAAAGGAAAAUACCCAAGCAAAGUCCCAGCUGACCCACACCACACCAGCUUCUUCACUUAUUAAAAGCUACAGGCUGUGUUUUCCUGGAUUGAGAGGAGUUUUUGGUUUUAGGUUUCCAUCAUUAAUCUUUUUUUAAUGAGGAAUUUUCAAUUGCUGCCGGAUCAUGGUCUUUGUUUGCUUUGGCAUUGAUUUGUGAAGCUGGAACUCUUUACAGCUUUGCACAAAAUGUUUUUUUAAUUUUUGUGUGGUGUUGGCCUCUGUGCAUGGGUAUAGAGUUCUACCAACUCUAUCUUCCUGGAUUUUUUUAAAUCAAUUUGAAAAAAAAUUGUCAUUUAAAAAGUUACUUUCUCUACAAUUAAAGAUGAUCUUACAGUUAAGCCCUACAUUCUUAUUAAUACAUUAAACCAAAGCAUCUAACCUCUUUCUAGACAAUUAACAUUAAUUUAUUCAU